AUGUAUAACAACUUGUUGUCCUGUUACCUGCCCCAGGGUCUUCCCCGAGAGGUCUCGACGCUGCCAAAGUAUACCAUACUCACCCUUAGGGUAGGCCCUGGCUCCCAGUACGAGUAUAUUGACGGUGUGGAGUUGCUAGAAAGAUACCUGCCUGGGGGUUACCACCCAAUAUCAGUUGGAGACCUUCUCAACAACCGCUAUCGGGUUGUUCCCAAGCUCGGCCAUGGAACAUUCUCCACUAUCUGGCUUUCAUGCGACGAACAGCAGGCUGCAUACGUGGCUGUCAAAGUGAGCGCAGCGGAUUCAACUCCUCGCGACGCUGACGUUCUGCGUACCAUCGCAGCCUCGUCUUCCUACCUUGAUCAUCCAGGCCGGACUAUGAUCCCUACAGUCAAGGACCAGUUCGAACUCCAGGGCCCAAACGGAUGUCAUAGAUGCUAUGUAAUGACUCCAGCACGAUGCAGUCUAUCGGAAGCAACUCUAUUUCGCCUCUUUACGAUCGAGACGGCACGCUCUCUUGUUGCUCAGUUAGUGCUGGCUGUUGCCUAUACUCAUAACCAGGGGUUUGUUCAUGGAAGUAUUCACCUGGGAAAUGCUUUACUCCGACUGCCGUCUAGCCUCAAUCAGCUCUCGGUAGAGCAGUUGUAUGAAAAGUUCGGCACACCCUAUGUAGAGCCGAUUGUGCGCCACGAUAAGGACCCCCUUCCUGCUGGUGUCCCGCCCCACGCAACACUACCCGUCUGGCUGGGAAAAUGGGCGAACGAAAUCCGGCCCACGGAAGCGCGUCUCAUCCUGGGCGACUUCGGUGAAGCCUUUUUUUUACCACUGGAGGCCUGUCAACAGCGACUGGGCGAGCAAUGUCGAUCACCUACGGCUUUCUUACCACCGGAAGCACAUUUCGAACCAGAAAAGACCAUCUCGUUUCCUUCUGAUAUCUGGACACUCGCAUGCGCUAUAUGGUCGAUUCUGGGUUUCAGUGAUCUUUUCGAAAGCAUGCUGGCUACAAGUGAUGACAUCUCCAAGCAGCAGAUAGAUAUCCUUGGAGAGUUGCCGCAUGAGUGGCGGACCGCAUGGAGGCUCGUCCUAGAUGUUUUGACGAAGUAG